AUGGAGGUGCCCGAUAUCUCCCACUUGAGUUCGAAUGCUAAACGUAUGCAAACCGCUGAGGCCAUGGGUUGGCUUACAUGUGAUACAGCCUUGGCUAAAUCUGUAAAAUUAUAUGAAGUUAUUGAGGCGGAAUUUGUCUUGCUCGCAACAUGCGUUAGUGACGUCGAGAAAAUGUGCUCAGAAUUCAAAUCCAUAAGCGUGCAAAUCACUGAACUGUUUCAUCAACUUGUUAUCAAGCGCGAUAAUCAGCACCCACAUCCGGAUUUUGUAUGUGCUACAUUUUCGUGGCCACCCUUACUUGAAGAGCUUGAUCGUAUGUCAUGCCGGCUAGAUAACGAUUUGAAACUAAGAAGCUGGUUAGUCUUUCAGCUAUCUGGUUAUUAUCCGACUAGAACCCGGUCUGUUAACUCAUCUAAUGAUCUUAUUUCAUCUCCCAAGACGAGCUCGUAUGCGGUGAAGCUUCAUCAACUUAGUAUGUUUUCAAGGCAUUUGAAUAAUUUGCUUAGCUGGGACCUCCUCUCAGCAAUGACCGACAAUCUUCUACACUCGCUUGACUCUGCGCCUUAA